AUGGAUACUAAAGAAAACGUCACCAUUAAUAUGAGUGGAACGAGAUUUGAAGUAUCCGAGGAGACAUGGCUAACCAUCAAAAGUAACCUAUACGAUACUCAUGGACCAGAGAAAACAUCCAAAUUGUUUGCAAAGAAGAUGCUGAAUAUGCUGGACACUGAUGAAUCUAACCGGACACACGACAAGAUCUACUUGGAUCGUCGACGACGAGGAAAUGACUUGGGAGCAGUACAAGCAGCAGUGUGGAGUGUUCUUGAGGAACCUUCGUCAGGGCAGUUGGCAAAGGACACCUCUCAACUCUACAAGACGACUAAAGCAGGUGACCUUUUCUUUGAAAGACAUCCAAGCUGCUUUCCAGUGGUUUUGGGGUACUUUCAAAACCGAGGAUUACAUAUGCCGUCCUCUCUUUGUCCAUCAGAGUUCAAUGACGAGAUGGAGUUUUGGGGUAUCAGAUCGGAUAAAAUCGCUAAGUGUUGCUACAGUCGAUAUGUAGCAUUCUUUGACGAUCAAAACGUUUUGAAAAUACUAGACCAAGACCAAAUGGCAAGGAAAGAGGAAAGAAAGGAAAUUGAAAGGAGACAGCGAGGAGCAGGAUGGCGUGCUCUAGAGGCAAAUGUUUGGAGUGUAUUAGAGGAGCCAUCUUCAAGUACUUUAGCAAAGAUCUACUUCUACGUCAGUACAGUGUUUGUCGUCGUCUCCAUAUCGGCCCUUGUAUCAGGAACACAUAAAACAUUCAAACGACCUCUGAACCUUCAGGAAUGGCAUGAAUUUUUCGGUGAUGAAUUUGACCUGUAUAAGGCUCAUUUUGAUGGAAGCGACCUUUCCAACACGACAGUUCCUCCGCUUCCAAAGACAGCUACACACCUUGAUUUUCUCGUGUAUUUAGAAUAUGUGACAGUCACAUUUUUCACGAUUGAACUCAUCAUGAGGAUAAUAUUUUGCCCUUUCAAAAGAAAGUUCUUCCUUUCCUUUCUCAACCUGGUUGACAUAUUCGCCCUGUUGGUGAUGUAUUCCAAAUACGUUGUCAAUGCGAUCAGCCCAAAGGAAAAAUACCAGGCAUCUGUGUUCGACAUUGUUCACUGCUUACAAAUUGUUCGAGUCUUUCGUCUCUUCAGACUCGUCAAGAAUUACAUCGGUUUCCGGGUUCUGUUAUACUCAGUGAAAGCCAGUGCAAAGGAAGUGAUGCUGAUGUCCAUGUUUCUCGUCGUCGCUAUGUUAAUGUUUGGUGCAUUUGCCUUUUUCUCUGGCGACACUGUGUUUGAGAGCAUUCCUGAUGCUUUCUGGUGGGCUGUUGUUACCAUGACUACAGUCGGAUAUGGAGAUGUCUAUCCUACCAUUGGACUGUCCAAGCUUGUCGGAGCUGUCUGCGCUGUCACAGGUGUGUGUCUCCUGGCUGUCAUCAUCCCAAUAUUUGUAAAUAACUUUCUCCUGUUCUAUGCCUACUCAAAAGUUUGGGGAUCUUCCAUUGGUGAAGAGGAAAAGAGGAAAACAAGCGUUUCUCCCAUCGCUGUUAAUCUUGAAUCGUCGUCGGCGUUGCCUGAAAAAGAUGAUAACAAUUAACACGUGACUUAUCAAUGUCACUAUGGAAACAUUUCCUUCCUUUUUCUUAAAUACACCUUUUUACUAACAGUAUUGUUGUUGACGAGUUAAGUUCACAUGAGCACAUCUUUAUGACAUAUUUCCUUAAACUUUUUUUCCAGUAACAUUUGAUAUGUGUAUUUGGAAUUCUUUGAAUUCGACAUGGGAUGUUCUGAAUACCAAAUAAUGGAUAUCAUUGUUUUUCAUUAUCAACAAUAUCUUUAUAUGCUAUAAGAUAGACAAAUUGAUAUGUUUUUGAAAGCCACGGAAAGGGCUUAUCCUAUAUAAACAUACGGUUAUAGGGACCAAGCAACCAAUUGUUUUUCCAUCGACUUUAGU